GUUAAACUAAUACCAUCACAGUAUUUAAAGAGACUCAUUUUCCACAUUCUAACAAUCAUUUUAAGUUCUACGAAAGGGGCAAAAGGACUCCAGAAAAUUAACUUCUUUUGGUGUAAAAAUGCUGCGCCCCAUGGGAACCAUUUUGGUCAUCCUUACACUAGCUGUGAUAUGGACACAGGUCACCACAAAAAGUGUGGGAGGCGAUGAUUUGGCCAAACUGAUUGAACGAGUGACAAACUUGGAAAAAAAGCAACAGAGACAAGACAAAGAAAUAAAAAGCGUGAGGGCCUGGAACAGAAAACUAGAAGCACGAAUUCAACACCUUCAGGACAUUCUUCGCAGUCUCCGUCUAACUCCCAAUACAAAUCCUGAAGAAGAAAAGGAUUCAACUAUGGUGUCACCAAUAAAUGAUGACAAUGUCAACACUCUACAGAAUGAUAAGGCUGGAACUUGUCCUUUGACAUGCAGGGGGCUGCCAGGCAGAGAUGGGAGAGAUGGGAAACCUGGGAGAGAUGGAAGAGAUGCUAUAUGGAGACGAAGAGGAAACAAUGGAACCCAGGGUCCCCCUGGUCCUGUUGGUCCACCCGGUCCUGCCGUGACAGAUGACAGAAUCAAGCAACUUAUAAAAGAUCUAGAUUCAAAACUUACAACAGGUGGCCGUGGAUCUGUGUACACAAGAUGGGGGAGAACCACCUGCAGUUCCUCUUCUCAACUCCUAUAUGAAGGUUAUGCAGCUGGUUCCUAUUAUUCACACAAGGGAACAGGAAGCAACUACCUGUGCCUACCUAAACAACCACAGUGGGGCAGUUAUCAAAAUGGUCUCCAAAGUGGGACUUAUAUCUAUGGGGCUGAAUACGAAAUGGGACAAUACAGCAAUGACCCAUUCCUAAAGACCAAUGCAGGAGGUGAGAACUUUAAGGACCAUGAUGCUCCAUGUGCUGUUUGUUACACCCAAGGCCGUAGUAGUCAUGUUAUGAUUCCAGCCUGGAAGACAUGUCCUGCCGGGUGGACACGGGAAUAUCAUGGCUACUUGGUUUCUAAUCAUUAUUCCUACCAAAAGAGUGAAUUCAUCUGUCUUGAUGAAGCUCCAGAAGUUGUUGCAGGAGGCGAGGCCAAUAAAAACGGCGCUCUUUUCUAUACAGUUGAAGUUGAUUGUGGUUAUGCUCUCCCCUGUCCUGAGUACAAAGAAGGGAGAGAAGUCACCUGUGUUGUGUGCUCUAAGUAAAUCAAAUAUGAAAUGAUAAAACUGUGGAGCAAGUUGCUAACAGCUGUGAAGAACUAUCUCAUUAUUUAUUCAGAUCAAAGUUUCAUACAAUGCUGAACUUCAAAAUAAUAUUCAGAAUUUCCUUUCUUUGUCUUAUAAUCUGAUGAUAAGUAUUUAGAUUUUAAUUACCAAGAUUUCAAAUGUCCUUAGGCACCAUGUUGCUGCAAGGUCUUUUUUUUCUAUUUAUAAUUGUCAAAGAUGCAAAGAACUUGUAAUUUUACCCAAUCAUCUUUUAUGGUGUCAUGUUACCAUGAUCUUAAAGUGACACUGCUCUUCACACUGUGUUAGGGACAACUUGAAGAAAAAAGUCAAACUGCAUAGACACUCUCAUUGCUCCAAACCAAAGCUACAUACCUGCUGAAAAUGUCCCCUACAUGCAGUAACUUAAUUGAGCUGUUGGAUGUAAUGGGGGAGGGGGUUGAGGAUUGAUUGGAAGGUAUGUUAUAACUGUUACAUGCCACCUUUUUCACAUUUAUACCCAGGGGCGGAUCCAGAGAUAUUUUCUGUCAGUCU